UAACCGGACUAGCAUGGAGGCAUGAUAUCGCUGUGGAAAUGAAUGGAUGCUGUUUCUGCUUGUGGUUAUGUUGAGUACAUGUGAAGCGGGUAUGUUCUAAGUGGAUAAAUACGUGUUAAAACCUGACGGAUUUAUCCAUGGAGUGUGACAUUUUGGACACCUUAGAACAGCUGGGGUAUGACGGGCCUCUGCUGGAGGAGAAGACGCUGCUCCUAGCCGCAGAGGGAGGCCUGUCGUCGCCGGAGUAUGUGGAUCUGUGCCGGUGGUUGAGCUCCAGGCUGAAGCCUCUGUGUGAGCUGGAGGAGGACAUCAGCUCCAGCCCAGAUGACAUGGAAAGCCUUCAGGUGGAGAUGAGCGGCCUGCUGAAGGAGUUGCACUGUCCCCAUGAAGAAGUGGUGUCUGGGAUUCUCAAGGGCAGCCAGCGAAGCGUGAGGGAUCACCUGAAAUGUCUCUUGUUUCUCAGCUCUGAGCUCCAGUCGGCUCAGAUCAUCAGAAGCAGAAAAGCGUCAGAUAAACAGCGGGAGGGAAAUCCAGGCUAUCAGGAGCUCCUGACCAUCUGUGAAACCCUGAACCUGCCUGAACCCAGUGGACACGACACGGCAGCAAUAUUCUCCCAAGUACAGAGUAAGGUUGAUGAAGUUCUGAAACGUCUUCCUGGUGGUCACCCUGGACACCCAGUCCUGAAGACAUCUCUGAGCAGUGAACAGUGGGAGAAGUUGCAGAACAUGAACAGCGUCCUGUCGUCGGAGUACGAGUGUCGGCGCAGGAUGCUCAUCAAACGACUGGACGUCACGGUGCAGUCGUUCGGUUGGUCAGACCGAGCCAAGGUGAGAGUGGACACCAUGGCGAAGGCCUACCAGCCCAAGAGACACUCCCUGAGGCCUCAGUCCACAGUGGACGUGGCCAAGCUCCUCGCCGCCAGAGAAGACAUCUGUAACGUGGUGAAGACGAGCAGUGGCUCCAGCAGAGAGAAGACGGCAUGUGCCGUCAACAAGGUCCUCAUGGGCAGAGUCCCAGACCGGGGAGGACGUCCCUCAGAGAUUGACGCCCCGCCUCCAGAGAUGCCGCCCUGGAAGAAGAGACAAGAAGGGGGAGGAGGAGGAGGUGGAGGCUGGGGCGGCCGAGGAGGAGGAUGGGGAGGAGGAGGAGGUGGUGGUGGUGGAUGGGGAGGGGGAGGAGGAGGAGGGGGUGGUGGAUGGAGAGGAGGAGGUGGCGGCAGUGGUGGAUGGAGAGGCGGCGGAGGAGGAUGGAAUCAGGGAGGAUACAGUGGACACGGUGGUUACGGAGGACACAGUGGACAUGGAGGAAAAAGAGGACGGUAUUGACCUGUUUGACAUGAACUCAACUGUUUUUUGUGAUGGAAGAAAGUCCUUUUUUUUUUUUUUAAUCUGUUAAAAUGACUAAUUUUGCUGAAACAUCAUCUUUUUUUUUAUAUUUAAUAGAAGUGUUUUUACAUCAUGUACCACAAAGGACUUGAAGGAUUUUUAUCACAGGGGAAAAAACAAAGGAACAUUUAAUAACGUGUAAAAUAUCAGAUGGAGCCGAUUUACGUAAACUUUUAACACAUUUUAACACUUGGAGCCAGUUUUUCUGCCAAAACCUGAACAAAUAAGGUUCAAAUAAAGCUGAGACUAACAAAUAAAACACACUCUGUAGAACACUUAGAUCAGUGAUUGUUUCUCUGUAGAUUUACCCAUGUUUUGUAUCAGUAUUAGUAAAUUAUAUGGAAUUUGUGAAAGUAUAGAUUAAAUAUUGGCAGGUUCCAUACAUUUACUUCAUGAGCUUUUACGAUGUUUGAGCGAUUUUUCAACCUUUGACUUGUACUGAAGUUCCAUUGAAUGUUCUCCUACCUCCAUCAGUCAUAGAUUAGUUUAUUAAUCAGUAGCUCAUAGAUUUUAUUCCCAUUUUAGACUGAAAAAGCUCCAGAACCCUUUUCACCUUUCAGUUAUUCAAACCUCAUGCAUCACUGUGAACAUUUUUGUCCAUUUUGGUACUUUUUUCUCUUCAUCUGGCAUCAUUUAGCUGUUAGUGCACAAUAGCAUCAUGUUUGGAAUAGUCUCUUGACAACGGUUAGAACUCUAAAUGUAAUUUUUUCUAAUAAAUCAUCAGAACACUGUGAAAAAGACUUACUGUCGUCUCGACUCAUUCCCUCAUGACCCAACAGGGGAGUAAAUCUGAUGCUAUACAAAAACUAAUAAUGCACCAAAGCUGAUAUUUUGACAGAUAUCCAAGACUGAU